AUGUAUCCAAAGCAUGGGUACGCAAAAUCGGUGCAAACUGUGCAAUACCUCCAAAAGAUCUGCAAACUUGUCACAAACACUUAUGCUGUUCAUCUGGUGACGAAGAUUUUAGAUAAUGCAUCCAAAGACCAGCUGUCAGAGUUUAUUUCCUCACUGUACGGGCAUGUUGCGCCGCUGCUUCGACGCAUGGUGGGCUCACUUGUUACCGAACAUGCCUAUAACGUGGGAAAUGCAAGUCAGAAACAAACUCUACUUAUGGAACUAUACUCUCCCGAACUGCCGUUAUUCAAAGAUCUUGUCUCCAUGAAGGAAAUCAGAUUAGUUGAUGUAAUUUCCCAGCUACAGUUGCAAAGGUCUUCUGUUGUACGUCACAUGAGCUCAGUGCUUCAACCAAUUUUGGAGAAAGGAAUAUUAGACCACUCCAUUAUACACAGAACACUAAUGGAGUAUCUGACUGUUGCAGAUCAGUCAUCUGCUGCAGAUGUAAUUCAGCAGUUAUCAGGUCCACUUCUUGUUUGGAUGAUACACGCUAGGGAUGGUUCCCGGGUUGGUAUGCUAUGCAUCAAACAUGGUAGUGCAAAGGAAGAAAAGUGUGACAAGAUUGCUCGUGACAGAUUUGGGAGUAUGGUUCUUGUCUCCAUUCUUUCAACAGUUGAUGACACGAAACUCUUAUCAAAGUUUGUGCAUCCGGCACUUGAGGGCAUUCUGAAGGAACUUGUUCUAGAUCAGAAUGGAAGGCAUUCGCUUCUGCAGUUACUUCAUCCAAAUUGUUCUCGCUAUUUAAGCCCAGAUGAUCUCACGUCCUUAAGUUUGUCUAUCCCCUCUCUCAACACCAAGCAAAAAGAGUCUUCUGAGGUUAAUGAAGCAAGUGAUGAGGAGAAGAGAGACAAUGGUGAGAUCUUAGUUGAGGCCAAUACAGGUAAAAGUGCUGGGAAGAAUUCAGAUAUAAAUGAGGUUGCGAAGAAGGAUCCUUUAACACGAAGAAGAGAGUUGUUGAUCAGUAGUGGGCUUGCCGAGAAACUCAUUCAUGUAUGCAGUGAGAUGGCAGCAAAUUUGCUAAGGUCAAAGUUUGGCAAGGAAGUCAUCUAUGAGGAAAGAUGUAAAUUAUGUUGUCCUCUUACGGCAGUGGAUAAGGUGGUUGUCCCUAAUCUGUGA